AUGCCUGGGAUCUUAGAUCAAACGAAUGCUUCACUUAUUUAUUCACCAUCUUCAUUAAUUUUAAAUACCACACAGUCAACACAUAUCAAUCCGAAUGAUAUAAAAGAUAAUGAAUACUCACAAUCAUUAAUUCAAUCAAAACCGCAUGAAGUUUUACAACAACAACAACAACAACAACCACCACCACCAACUUCAUCAUCAUCAAGUAAUUCUUCAAAACUUUCAGAAUCUACAAUUAAUAAUACAACUAUAGAUACAUCAAAUAAUGCAAUUGACUUAUCAGAUCAAAGUAAUGAAGCUAUAAAAUCCAGUGCAAUUGUCAAAACACUAAGUAGACAACCAUCAGAUAAAUUUAAACCUUCGACAAUUACUAUUCAAAAUAUAUCAAAAACAAAUUUUAAACCAUUGAAUUCAACAACUAAAACAAACAAAGAUAUAAAUGAAUCAUCAACAACUUCAGAAACCAAUACCACUUCCUCAUCAUCAUCAACCUCAACCACCUCAUCAACAUCACCAUCAUCAAUAAAGACAAAAGAAAUCCAAUUAACAGAAAUAAAACAACAAUGUUCAAAUUUAAUAAAAGAAUUAGAUUUAGAAGAUUCCAAUAAUAAUCAAAAUAACAAUAAUACUAAUAAUAAUAAUAAAUUUGAAAUUAUAAUAAAAAAACAUAUAAUUGAAUUAAAAAAAUAUAAUGAUUUAAAAGAUAUUGCUUUACAAUUAAUUGAAUUAAUUGCAAAUCAAAGAAUGAUUAAAACUGAUGAUAUUUUACAAGAAAUUAAUUUAUUAAAUUAG